GGGUGUUGUUAGUUUGCUUUGCUGUGUCGUGUUGAUUUGCGUGAAUUCAUAAUUCAGUUUAUACGUAACACUUAAUAACUGUUAUAUCAUUCCCUUUUGUCCUUAACAUAUUGCUAUUAUAAUCAGUGAGUAUCUAUAAUGGGCGAUACACGGAAAAAGAAGAAAUUCUACUUUAGAAAACGUAAAAACAAAUAUUUCUUGGAACCCGGCUUCAAAGGCUUCUUUUGCACGUGUAACUUUAGAGAAAAAGACUGUGUGAAAGAGGUUUACAAUCUUCUGAACGAGUAUGCCGGCAAGUUGUAUCCCAAUCUCGAGGCAGGAGAUCCCGUGGAAAGGCCAGCGUCUGUUGUUCCAGAGGACCGCUCCGAAACCGAAUCGGAAGACGAACCCGAUAUUGGAGACUUACUUAAACGCGAAGUCGAGUCUAUGAAAAAGGAUUCACAGAAAUCGCUCAAACACAAGCGAUUCCAAGUAGUGGAGACUGGUGCGUCUAAUUGUAUUUUUAUAAAGACCAACUUACCAAGUCCAGAAGAGCUCACAAAUGCUAUUAUUAAAGAUUUGUAUGUAACAAAGAUACAGAAAACACGACAUGUGAUGCGUCUGUUACCUAUUAUGGGAACCUGUAAAGCUAAUUUGCCUGACAUCAUGGAGUGUGCGGGAAGACUGUUUGACAAAUAUUUCCUGAAAGAACCCUCAACUUUUGCAGUUAUAUUCAAUAAACGCUUUAACAGCAGUGUAUCUCGUGACCUUAUUAUAAAAGAACUUGCUGAAAUGGUUGUUCUCAAGAAUGGAGAAAAUAAAGCAGAUUUGAAAAAUCCUACUCUGUGUAUAAUAGUUGAAAUUAUUAAGGGAAUUUGCUUACUAAGCAUUGUGGAGAAUUAUUAUACUUAUAAAAAGUAUAAUUUACAUGAGUUAAGCAAACAAGAGUCUAAUAAUGAUCUGGAGGAAACCCAAGCGAAGAAAUUUAAGAGUGAUGUGCCAGAAGCUCUCACUGAGAGUGUGACACAGUGAAUGUUACAAUUAUGUAUUUGAUGUAAAAUUUAUAUUAUAUUUCUUGGUUGCAAGGUGAAAUUUCACCCCUUGACCAGUUCUAUACCAAAUUUGUCUAUGUCUAAAAUUUUCAAAUAUAAUAUGAAAUAAAUCUGAAAGUCAAUAAUAA